GAAGAACACUUAUAUAAUGCUAAAAAAAUUUGCAAAACUGUUAUCACAGAUUGUAUUACUAAUUCAAAUAAUUGUGAAAACCAAUUAGAAUUAAGUUUUGAACAAAGAAAUGAGAUUAACAACCCAAUUGCACUUGACCUUAAUGAAAAUAUGCAUAUUCUGGUACUUGAUGAUGCUACAACUUCUAAUAUGCAAAACUGUCAUUCAGCUGAACACGAAGGUUCAAAGAUUGAACUUAAAUAUCUUUUUAUACAUGCUUUAUCAUAA